AUGAAACAGACCUCACUGCCACUGGCAAGUCUCUCUUCAUGGUCACAUUUCAACCAGGUUCGAUUGUUGGGGGCUUCUGUGGAACCUCACAUAGUUGCGCCUGAUGGGACCGAUAAAGGUGGCGGGCUCUUAGCGACCGCUGACCAUGGACCAGGGGCAUCACUCCUUGCAGUUCCACUGGAGUUGCUACUAUCGAAAGAACGUGUUGAGCAUUAUGCAAAGGAAGACAAAAGUUUCAAGGAAUUGAUCGAGGCUGUGCCCUCUUUAUUUCAGACUCCACGAGCUGCCGUUCUGCUCUUUCUGGCAUGGCAGAUGACAAUCAACAACCCAGAGGCUGCUCAUCAUGGACUUGGACUACAGAAUCCAUUCGCAGACUAUCUCAAGUUUUUACCCAAGAAGAUUCUGCUUCCCACCUUCUACACAUCGGAGGAACGGGAUCUUCUCGUUGGCACAUCCCUGUUCGAUGCUCUGGAUCAAAAGUCCACUAGUCUAGAGAGGGAAUUCAACAAUCUCAAAGAAGCCACAGAGACCAUCCCCUGGAUCCAACGUGUCUGGUGGGACGAUGAAUCUGGCUGCCUGGACAUGGAAGAUUGGAAGCUCGCAGAUGCAAUUUAUAGGUCUCGUGCGUUGGACCUACCUCGAGGGACGGGCAUCGGCAUGGUCCCUGUGGUGGACAUGGCCAACCAUGCUUCGGAUGAUCGGUUCAAUGCCCGCUUCGAGGUCGAUGAGAUACACGAGCACGUGCUGCUCGUCGUUAGGGACAACAAGUCCAUCCAGCAGGGGGAGGAGAUUACUAUCAUGUAUGGGGUCGGUGGCGCAUGUGAGAUGAUAUUCUCAUAUGGUUUCAUUGAUGAGCACGCGACCUCUGCAAGAGAGGUCUUUCUCAACCUGACCAUUCCAUCCGAUGAUCCGCUGCGACGGGCCAAAAUCCGGUUCGCUCAGGAAGCGCCUGGUGUGCGCCUCUACGUGGACGACCAGAACGAGGUCAAGUGGGAGAGUACCUUUGUUUGGUGGGCAUGUGUCAACCAGGAAGACGGCCUGGACUUUCGAGUGGAGCAGUUGGUAACCGGAGACACGGAACUCAAGGCUGUCUGGAACGACCAGGACCUCCCAGCCAACGCCCUGCAUUCAACACUACUCAACCAUCGGCUAUACGAUCUUUUCCUACUUCGAGCGAUCGUCACUAUUCAACAGCGUGUUGAAGAGCAGGGAAUGCGAAUGGCAGAAUCCCAGGAUGGUUUUGAAGCUCUUGUCCCUGAUAACGUCCUGAUUAGGACAUCAGUACAUGAAACCAUCGGGAAGCUUCGGAGCCUGGAGAUGGAUCUACUGAGCAGAGCUUAUGAAACACUGGAAAUCCAGGUAACGUGA